UCCAAUUUCCUUUUAUAAGUUAAAAAAAGUUCACAUUUUCUCCUCUCUUUUGAAGCAUAUCCCAUUUCUAAAGGAUACCUGAACCAGGCGUCUGGAUCCAAAUCAGAAAUGGAUUUCAUGAAGGUUCUUGAUCAGACUGUAAGAGAAAUAAAGAGAGAGGUGAACAUCAAGGUCCUGAAAGUACCUGAACUUGAACAGAAGGUCCUUGAUGCUACAAGCAAUGAACCCUGGGGUCCUCAUGGAUCUGAUUUAGCAGAGCUUGCACGGGCCACAAAGAGUUUCACUGAUCGGCAAAUGAUUAUGAAUGUUCUCUGGACGAGAUUGAACGAUACUGGUAAAAACUGGCGCCAUGUCUAUAAGGCAUUAACUGUUAUUGAAUACUUCAUCGCUAAUGGAGAUCAACGUGCUGUAGAAGACAUUGUAGAGCAUACUUAUCAGAUCUCAUCUAUCUCAGAAUUUGACUAUGUUGAGCCAAAUGGAAAGGACAUGGGUAUCAACGUCAGGAAAAAGGUCCAAACUCUUCUUUCUCUCCUUAAUGACAAAGAUAAGAUCCAGGAAGCCAGACGAAAAGCAGCUGCUAACAGGGACAAGUACUUUGGACUUUCCUCAACUGGAGUCACGUUUAAAUCAAGUUCAGCCUCAUAUGGUAGUGGCGGCUCCUAUCAGGGUUUUGGAAGCCAUAACGGUGUGAAGGAGAAUGACACAUUUAAAGACAGUUUUAAAGAUGAUUGGAAGCGUAAUGAUGGGGAUGAAGCUGAUUGGAAGCAUGGCGAUGGAGCUGAUUAUGAGGGAGAGAGUGACGAGAAGCCUAGAAGACGACAUGGUUCUGAAAAUGAAAGGAGUUCUUCUAAGAAGGGAUCCACGUGCUAUGGCAGGGGGACAGAUGUGAAUGGUUCAUCAAGUCAGGUGCCUACUGUUAAGUCCCAAGGGUUGAAGACACCAUUAGAUAAUGAGGACGAUGACUUUGAUCCUCGUGGGUCUUCAACUUCUGGUGCUGCAAGCCAUAAUAAUAUGGAUUUACUUGGUGAUAGUUUUGGUGAUGACCUCAUUGAUGCAGCUCCAUCUGAAACUGUUACUAAAAGCAGCAACGUGGCAACUGAGGUUGAUCUUUUUGACAAUACAAGUUUCGUUGCAGCCUUCCCUCCUACAGAAGCAAGCAAAGCCACUCAGUCUCAGGUUGAUGUUGAUUUCUUCUCCCAACCUGCUUCCACAGCUGCAUUUCCAUCAAAUAUAGACUUCUUUUCUUCAUUCAACGAGAAUACAGCCCCUUCUAUGGAAACCAAAUCAGUUGAAACCCAGCUACCAACAUCCAAACCACGGAGCUCCUUGGAUCCGUUUGCCACAAUACCAUUGGAUCCGUUGGAUAGCGGGGAUACAUUUGGGGAUUUUACCUCUCAUGCAGAUCAGGCACCUUCAGAAUCCUUACGUAACUCCACAAAUAAAGGUCCAAACCCUAACACAAAUACUGCACCCAAUACCAAACCACCACCAAAGAAUGAUAAUUUCAAAGUCAAGUCUGGGAUAUGGGCAGAUUCAUUAAGUCGAGGCUUGAUUGAUCUGAAUAUAACUGCACCCAAGAAGACUUCACUUGCAGAUAUUGGAAUAGUGGGUCUAAGUGAUGGUUAUGAGCAGAAGAUAGAGAGCCAAAGGGCACCAAUUUCAUACAUGGGAAGAGCCAUGGGGAGCGGAUCUGGUUUAGCUAUCUCGGGUUUUGGCUCGACUACUAUGGACCAGCAGUUUGGAAGCUUCAAGUAGAUUUUUUUGAUGUCUUGUUCGUGAAAUAUAUUUGCCAGUGUGGGUAGCUUGUCAUAUUUCUAUGACCUUGUGAGUUCUGACUUCCAUUUCAUUACCUUCUUGUUCUUUUUUGAAAAUUGUUAUUUUAUUGUGUUAUAUUAAACAAUACCGGUUCUGUUGGAAGUGCCCAUCUAUUUUUC